CCCCUUACGCGGUACGAAUCUAUGUUACCAAGUUCACUUACUUAGCAGCGGCACUGAUAGAUAUCAGCUGUUCUUAGUAAAUAAAAAACUGUGCUUUCGAUAUGGACAUCGUCGAUUAUGUUACGGAAAUUCAAGAAAAUAGCGAGGAAAAUGAUAUUACGUUGGAAUAUAAAAGUGAUUACCUGUCGGAAAGAUACGAGGAAAAUGAAAGAUGGUCUUACAUGCCAGAUUCCAUUCUUCUUAAUAUUUUUCAAUAUUUGACACCAAGGGAGUUGACAAUUGCUGGAGAAGUAUGCAGGUCAUGGCAUAGAGUAUCUUACGAUGAAUUUCUUUGGAAAGAUUUAUUCUAUCAAACGUAUAAAAUAGAUCCGGAUGUCGGCAUCAUGCCAGGGAAAACUUCUUGGUUAGGAGAAUUUAAACGUUUAACAUAUCAUAUACCGCUUUUAGAAACUGAGGUACUUAAAGGACAUUCUCAUCAAGUAUUACACGUUAGCUUUUCACACAAUGGAAAAAUGUUUGCUACAUGUUCAAAAGAUGGAUAUAUUUUUGUUUGGGAAAGCCAAUACCCUGUUAAAAUAAAAUAUCUUCAUGAUAUGAAGACAUUUAGUUGGGAAUAUACACAAUUUUCACAAUUUAAUUCCUCUGAUACCUUAUUACUUGUUUCUGGUGUACAUUUCGGAACUCCUCUUAGCACUUCAGGCGAAAUAGCAGUAUUUAGAUUAGCACCUGGGUUCGAUCUGCAAUGUAGAGUAGUAAAUAAACCAUAUGACAUAUUUGGUACAUGGUAUAGUGAACAUUACCUUUUAAGUGGGAAUCUGUGUUGGUUAGCACAUUUAGUUACCACUAGUCUCCUUUGGCUCAAUAAGGCAAAUCAAGAGUCAUCUAGUGAACAUAUACCCAUUAUGACACAACUUUUUAGGUUUUAUAAUGGAAAUGCUUCAUCAAUACGAGCAAUUAUGGUGGCUAAUUGUUUAACACCUGAACAAAAUGAAUCUGAAGAGCAAGAAAAUCAACCUUCAUCUUCUAGCGUUAAAGAAGGAAAAGAUAAUUCACCAAAUCAUAAAGACAUUUCAUCUACAUCUUAUAACAAUGCUACUCAAAAAGAAGAACCUGUUGUUCUUCAACGUGCAUCAUCUAGAGUACACAAAUUAUAUGCAAAUAGAUGCAGUACAUUGGAAGGUAUAUUCAUGAAUUGGAAAAAACUUGGAGAUGAUUUCGAAUAUGCCAACUCCAUUCAAUACAAUCAGGAAUAUAGACUAGUAGAAAUGGAAAAAGAUGUUCAGGACAAUGACAAAGACAGUGAAAGUUCUCAGUGGGACGAGGAGUAUGAGUCAGAAGAAUCGUCAAACGCAGAAGAAGACGAUACUGAUGAAUUAGUAAACUGUGAAAAGUAUCUUAUUUUCACAACUGGAUCUAAAACUUAUACACCACAUCAAGUGGGUUUCAAGAGGAUAAAGAAUUUGAAAUUUCCAACAAGAUUAGAUCCAGGUCCGUCAUUGCGUGAAAGAUUAGCACAAAGAGAAAGAGAACGAGAAUGGCAAAAUUCCUAUGCUAAUUAUUCGGAUUAUGAAUCUGUAGCCGAUAAAUUUGAUAAAGUAGAUCAUGUAAUUGAUUUACAUGGAAAUAUUAUAGGAAUGGGACUUUCUCCAGAUCAUAGGUAUUUAUAUGUAAAUACAAGACCAUGGCCAAGAGGUUAUGUUAUUACAAAUCCGUUACAACCACCACCAAUAGCUCAAGAAAUUGACAUACAUGUAAUUGAUUUAGUAACACUAAAACAAGUUGGCACCAUGUUAAGAGCUCAUAAGGCUUACACAUCAAAUAACGAAUGUUUUUUAAUCUUCCUUGAUGUAUGCGAUGAGUAUGUGGCAAGUGGUGCUGAAGAUAAACAUGGCUAUCUGUGGGACAGACACUAUGGAGUAUGUUUAGCUAAAUUCCCUCAUUCUGAUGUUGUUAAUUCAGUUGCUUUCAAUCCACGUGAUCCUGAAAUGUUAGUCACAACUAGCGAUGAUUAUACCGUUAAAGUUUGGCGUAGUAGAUCUAUGGUACGUACAUUGGGCUUGAAUGCAGACUCUUAUCCCAGGGGUACGGAAGUACGAAAUAGGCGCAAAUGUCAUAAAACUGGUUGUAAUAUUGAUUGACUAAAGACUAUUAAAUUUCCAAUCUAAAGUCUUUAAAUGUAUAUUAACUUUUAAUACCUAUAUCUUGUACUUAAAUUUGUACUAUAUUAGAUUUCUAUAAAAUUAUAUAAAGUUAGAAAUUCUAUUUUCGACUAGAAUAAAGAAUGAGUGUGGCUAUAUAUUUACAGAUUUCAAUCUAUAAAUAUUUACAUAU